AUGGGUGGUGGUUUCGAGAAGGCGCAGUGGGUUGGCGAUUUUGCUGAUAAGCUCCCGGCACUUUCUCUGUCCUUUCUCACCGACAAGCAGGAAGCGAAAGAGCGACGGAAGUUGCUUCAGCGCUCCUUUACGCUCACAUCUCUGCGACAAAACUGGGAGAGUGAGAUCCGUCAGAAUGUGGAACUUGCGGUGUCGAAGAUCAAGGAUGAAGCGAUGCGGGGAACUGCUAAUACUCAUAAAUGGUGGACUUUGAUGGCUGCGGACAUCAUCAGUCUCCUGUCUUUUGGCCAGUCCUUUGGUAUGCUGGGCUUGGGCAAGACCAAGAGCACGCUUUACAUGCGAGCAAUUGAGAACGCUUUGCUUGGAGCAGUCUUCAAAAGCGAGCUCCCAAUUUUGCACUUCCUCUUCCGAUCGAUUCCCAAAUCGUCGCUCCAGACAGUAUCUCGCUGCCUUGAACAGUGUGAUGCGGCGGGAAAGGUUGGGGUUGAGAAGCUUUACCGGCAAGACGACAAGACCAGGAGUCUGUUCAAAGAAAUGAUCAUCGACUGCGAGAGGGAGGGACGGCAAUGGCUCAACGAUGAUACUGUGCGAAUAGAGGCUGCAGGCAUGAUGGUUGCUGGGUCAGAUACCACUGCCGCAGUUUUAACCUAUCUGAUCUGGUCGGUGUUGGAGCAGAAGGAACUACAAAGAAGACUCGAGGAUGAGGUGUCUCAGCUUGGUGAUGACUUCAAUGACAAGACCCUGGACGAUUGCCCUCUUCUUAAUGCCAUAAUCGAAGAGACGUUGCGGUUGUAUCCAGCGGUUCCAUCGUCUCUACCCCGGACUGUUCCCGAGGAAGGUGCUACUCUGUCAGCUCACUACAUCCCAGCAGGUACAGUGGUUUACAGUCCUGCCUACACCCUUCACAGAGACCCAGAGAUAUUCCAUGAACCUCAUCGGUAUACCUAUCCUGUCGUCUGA